AGGUCCACUGUUCCAGGACUUGUAGCUCCACCAUGGCGGAUCAGUACCAGUUCAACGCUGAGGAGAAGUUUGUGAAGGACAGCCACACCAAGGAGAUCGACCUGAUCAACAGAGACCCCAAGCAGAUCAACGAGGAUGUCGUGAAGGUGGAGUUUGAGGACAUCAUAGCAGAGCCUGAUGGGACACACAGCCUGGACGGAGUGUGGAAGCUCAGCUACACCACCUUCACCGUCUCCAAAUACUGGUGUUACCGCAUUCUGUCGGCCAUCUUUGGUAUCCCCGUUGCCCUGCUCUGGGGCUUCCUGUUCGCCUGCAUCUCCUUCUGCCACAUCUGGGCCGUGGUGCCGUGCAUCAAGAGCUGCCUGAUCGAGUCCCAGUGCAUCAGCCGCAUCUACUCCCUCUGCAUCCAGACCUUCUGCGACCCCUUCUUCGAAGCCCUGGGCAAGAUCUUCAGCAGCGUGCGCGUGAUGCUGCGUAAAGAAGUCUAGGACCUGGCGCUGCGGGGUGAUGCGUAUGAUUGGAUGAAAUGCAGUGUCUUUUUAUACACCUAACCAUCAGUCUUGGCAUCUUGCUUACACUUUUCAUAACAUGCCGUUCUCCGCCCACACACAUCUCCGAGUCAGCCGUCAGCUCCGAGGCCUUCUACCAGCAGAGGCUCUGUGACAGCUGCAGCCGACGGCCUGGUUCUGUGACAGCUCUGGCAGGGCUGACUGACUCCGGGGCUCUGAAUCCGUCUGCACUUGGAUCAUUGAAAAUGGCCACUUAUUCACAACAGAUGACUCAAAAACCUCACCGCUCGGCUCCGCCGCACCUUUGGACGAUGCCACCUUUGUACGAGACGCUUAGCUGUUUUUUUUUUUUUUUUUAAAGUUCCACUGAUGCUGUUUGUUGCUACGUCCAGUACUGAUUUAAUUGAUGGUGUUAGUAACAAUCUGUAUAAUUGACCUGUUAAAUUAAUUGCUGUCUCAAUGAAACGACCUGUCCAGCGACAGCGUCAAGUUCUCAUAAGUAACAAAAUUCUGACACAUUUUUCUCUAAUGUUAUUUUAUUUAUAGAUUAAACCUCUGUCACUUAGAAACUUUUUUUGAGAUUUGUAAUCUAUGAAAUAAAAAAAAUGCCUAGGAGUAACACUGUAUAGCAGAGUGUGAUUAGAUUAAAGAGAACUCUAGUGAAUGUUUAAAUAAACCCUGAUGUAAUUACUAACUGUAGAAACCACAGACAUCCUGCAGAUGGACCUGGAUUAGUUUACCAUCGUAGAGUUGCUGCUCUUUUCUACACUGGAACUAUAUAAUAUAAUGUCAGAUUGAACAUGAAAUGUAACUCAUUUAAAGAACAUCAGCAGUUGACGCAACUGUCUGGAACAACAAGAAUGUUUCACCACC